AUGAUCUGUGACCAGCUGGCUGCCAUAAUGGGUAAGUUUAUAUCUGUAUAAUGUGAUACAUGAACAACUCUUUUUGUAUUGAUUCCAUAGAUCUGCAUUGGAUUGCUACCAAACUGAUUUUUGAAAAAUAAAAUCAUUAUAGCCCUUGCAAUACACAAUUAUAAGGCAAUACCAUACUCUGCACAAGAUAUCCUUGAAGGGGCUAUACCAUAGAUAAUGACUAUAUCAAAAUAUCAUUGUGUUUAUCAAACAUGUCUCAUAGAUUAACAUGUACUACAACAUUUUACUAGUUAAAAAGAAAUCCAAUAUUAGCAUUGCUAUAUUUUAGUUUUUCUCCUCAACGAUGCUUGAAAGUGUCAAUUAAAACAAGUAUCUCAUUUAAUCUGGCAUUUGUAGUCUAUACUGUAAAACUUAAAGGGACACUAUACUCAUCAGAACAACUACAGCUUAAUGUAGUUGUUCUGGUUUGUAUAGUCAGCACAUGCAGGCAUUUUCGUGUAACCUCUGCCUUUUCAGAGAACAACGUGCAGCAGUGAUGUUCAGCGUGUAUACGCUGAACUUCCCCAUAAGGAUCCAUUGAUUCAAUUUCUAUGAGGAGAUGCUGAUUGGCCAAUGGGGUGUUUGGCUCCACCCCGCCUCCUUGGCUGAGAUAAUCAGAAUUGACAAACUCAGCCAACCCAACUACUUUAGGGGCUGGAGCCAGGCUGGUGCACCUGCAUUGCGCUGGAAAAAGGUAUGAUUUCUACCUUUUUAAGGGGGUGUCUGGGGGGCUAACAGGGCUUUUUUAUCACUAUAAUGUCAGGAAUCUAUGUUUGUGUUCCUGACCCUAUAUGGGACAGGGGAGAGGAGUGGGCAGGUGGGGGUGGGGGGGGGACGGACGACGACAAUAUGGAACAGGGAAGGGAAGAACACUAUGGGACAGGGGAGGGGAGAGGUAACCUCUGAAAAUAUUUGGAGGCUUUUUUUUGUGUCCCAUUUUUUUUUUUUUAAUUCAUGAAGCAAGAGAAUGCCAUGCACAUUCCUUGUCCUUUCAGUAGUGUGUUAUGGCUAGCCAAGCUCUUGUAGCCUGUCUUUACUCAUCCACUUUGGAUGAAUAGUGUGGAAGUAAAACAAGAGGAUUGAUUGUUGGUGCUGGAAGUUUGUCAAAACUCUCAACUGGUUUUCCAAAUACCAGAGUGUCUGCACCCAAAACCUCUUUGAACCAAAACUCAUUAGAAGGAACUAUAAUGGUUAAGAUCCUGAGAGCGCUCCUUUAUUUAAAAUAAAAAAAGCAUUUAAGAACUUUGUUCCAAAUUGUACACAUCAGCUGCUGUGUCGCACUAGUUGGCUUUGUAGUGUACAGAUACGCUACUAAGGCAGCCACCAAGUUUGUUAUUUCUGAGUAACUGGUGUCAUGGCUAGUCAUAACACAUUUUUGGCUAGUGCAGUGUACACAAAAAUGUUGUUUACCAAAUACCUCCAUGUCCCAGUUGCCUGACGUGCACCCUUUAAGCCUCAUUGUUGCUGAAUUGUACUCUCCUUGAAUAAUGAAAUAGUUAAAGUAUUGCAUACAAUGGGCACUCCACGCUGUGUUAGUGUCUGCCAUAACCACAGUCAUGACCUUGAAGUGAUCUGAUUGUUCACGCAGAGCAAAUAAACACACAGAGGGAUUCGCUGGACAAACACAUGAUGUCAUGUCUCGUUUUAGGCAUUGUAAGGUUGGAUUAGACGACUAAUUCACACAUGUCCGCUACACCUGAAGAUGAGCGGUUUUUUUACACCUGUUACUGCCUGUAUGCUGUGUGAUGGGGAUACAGACUGGUGGCUGUUGUAUGGUUAACACGCUGUGCUUUUUGUUAAUAAACUGGGAUUUUCUUUCACUAAUUAGCCAAGCCUUAAUGUUUAUCUUUGCAAAUCCCUAGAGGGUACUGCAUCGCUCAUUUAGGUGAUUUGGAAGCUGUUCUGGGUUUUACAGGAUCGCACUGGAGAAAUUGAAAGGUCCUUGGUGAUAGUCUUAGUGUGAUGUGCUUUGUGUUUUGUUUAAUCUCUGUAGCAGGAUAAACAUUGUAUAAUAUACAGUGCUGAACCUUUCUCCCCUUCCACAGUGUACUGACAUUCCCAGAGGGAGUUUAACCUGGAUCUUUAACCCCUUUUUACUCUGUCACUGGACUAAAUUGAUAUACAUUUAUAUAAAUGAAGCAAUGACUUGCAGCUAAACAGACUGCAUGUUAUCAUUACCCAGAAUUCUUGUCUGUGUGUUGAGACUCAGCGAAACUAGUAUUUGCUCCACUAUGUCCAACAAAGUUAAUUUUGUGUUUUAUUUUUUAUGCAUUAAGGGAUUUCAAACACUCCCAGACAAUCCCUAGGCUCCAGGUGAUUCCAAUGUUGGUGUGAAUUGCAGAAAUCAACCCUUUUUAUUUUUUUCACUUUAUCCAUAAUUCCCAGUGCAUUGUAUGGGCUUUAGUCUGCUCACGUUUAUAUUGUGUGCUUUGAAUGAUGCUUUAUUGGGCUUAAGAUGGAAUUGGGGCUUGUUCAUUUCGGGAUGUUUAUUGAUAAGGGCAGAGGAAAAAGCUGGAUGAGAACUUUGACAACAAUUAUUUAGUUUCCCAGAUCUCCCUAAUUCAUGGCCAGUGAAGGAAGUUUUUUACUUCACCAAUCCCAGAAUUAAAAACGGCCAACUAGUCCUUAUUCUUAACACUGGGUGGUAAUUAUCAGCUCCUGUUGAAUUUUCAUUUCAACCUGUUGCCUUAAUGUGACUUUUUUAGUAAUCUAAUUGAGCUUCCAAGGACCCAAUGACACAAACCCCUCUGUUCCUCUAAUCUUAAUGUAAGAGAAUGAUAAAUCUCUCUCCCUCUCCUGCCCUGCCGGCUCCUGGAGUUACGAAUGUGAGUGUUGAGUAUGUUUUGACACCAUUAUUGUGUUUCUUGAAAUAAUGCGAUAAAGAAAUCUCUUGGUGCCCUAAACUAGACCCCAUUCCAGCACUGUAUGUAACCCGUGCUUCAUCCCUUAGUUACGCUGCAGUACAUGCUGGGUGGGUGAGACUCUGUUAUAAAACAUUUCCACGUACAUUGUGUUUACCUUUCCUCCUCUCCAUUCUCUAUAGAUGAGCAGCAAGCUCUGAACUCCAUCAUGCAGGACUUGGCUGAACUGCACAAAGCUAGCAGACCUGCUAUAGUCCUGCAGGAAACGGUAGUCUCCAAGUCCACGUCUCCUAAGAAGCAGGUAAGCCUUGACACAAGUUGCGCUACAUUGUGGCAUCAUCCACUGGUUGGUAUCUCUCUGAUAAAGUUUGUUGCAGGUCCAAUGGCUUUAUAAAUGUUCCGAUAUUGCUGUUUGUGGAACCCCAGAUGUUUAUGAACUAAUGCCUUGUGAUGUUAUGCCAGCCUUUAGCAUUAUGGGAGAUGUAGUAUACAAACAGCUGUGUUGCCAAGUUUAGCCAUUUCUGGUCUAUGUGCUCUCAGUGACCCCUUUCUCGCCCCUUUCUGAAAUAUUGAAAGGGAAUGCCGAGGUUGAAGUGCUUUUGGCAGCAGAGCUCUGUGUUUCUCUUUCCGGUUUAUUCUUUAUAAUUACUUGUUUCUGCCUGUAUAGUGGUGAUUGUGCUCCAUCUCCCAUAUUAUCAGUCAUUGCUGGAGGAUGCAGUCAAGUCACAUCUGGUAACUGGCAGACAGGCCUUGUCUUUAGGUGCCAACAUUGCUUGGCAGAUGUGUUCUUUGUGCCUUUUGGACACAAUCCUUUUGAACAUUUUAUGCUUUUUCAAGUACCAUUAAGUUUAAAAAUAACCUUUUUCCUUUAUUUUUUUUUCUUCAAUAAUGGUGUGAAAAUGCCAAGUGCUGUUUUUAAGGUACAUGCCAUAAUUUCCUGUUUGUGUCCUGCCGUCUGUUACUGCUGUGAGACACGUAGUCAGUAGUGGAGAACUAUCUUGGUUCCCUCUGAUUAAAAGCAUGACAGCCUCCUUAUUUCUUCUGAUCUAGCUGAAAGCUUGUGUUUAGUAUUAGCGGAUGAAGUCAGUAGUGGACCAUAAAGGUAGUAAAAUGCAUAUAUAGUAUAGCACGUGGCGUUCUUUAUAUAUUCCCACUAUUCAGGGCAUAUUGAAGAACCUCUUGCUAUUUUUAUUGGUAAUGUGAUUUUUAAAAUGGAAUUUGGAAGAAAAAAAUAUAUUCAGUAUAGCAGAUUGAUUGCUGGUAGAUGUUUUUUUAAGUUUAUGAUUUUUUUGAAGACUCUUCUGUUUAUUUAAACAUGAGUUAAAACGUUGCAUUUUGAUAUUAAUGAUACGAUGGACGUAUCGUUAUGUUAAUUAAAGGGGGAGAUACCGAAAUUGGCAAAGAUGCGAUCAUUCACUGUGGCCAACAGCUUGAGGGAAUCUUUAUUAAAAUGUUCACAUCUUGGCUGAAAAGCAAAUCAGGGUCCAGUCUAUUCAGGGAUAUUUGUUUAGUGUUAGAGAGAAGCUAUUACAUUUAGUUUGGGGGCUUUUUCACCACAGAAUCUCUUGUGAAAUGUUUAAUGGGAAAUAUGACAGUAGAGUUUUGGUUGGAGGGGCAGCUUAGUGAUUGAGUGAAACUUUAUAUCCCGAUUUUCAGUCUUAAAAUGCUCCUAAAACAAACUGGUGGUAUAUUUCCUAAAUGUAAAACUGCAGAACUGGUAACCUAUCCCUUACUUUACCUCAGGAGUAAGUUUGGUAUUUUUUUAUAUUGUAAACAUUUAAGAGAGAUACCCCCGAUUGUUUUAUGUUUCCGUAGGUGUUGUAUGGUAACCUACUUUUUCUGUUGAGAUUUCUUUUACCCUUUUAGUUUUUUGUUUUUUUUUCUCUAAUAUUGAAUAUUUAUUAUUGUUUUUGAUCGUGACUUGUUUUGCUUUUCUAAUAGUGGAUAUUGCUGGUAGUUUAUUGUCUUUGGCUGGACACAAUUCAUUAAUCUCUUAUGGCACCGGACAGUUUUAAAUGUUCAUAGAAAGGACAUAUCAUGAAAUAGAUUACAUGACCCCAAAUUGUGGACAUUCUAACUUUUCCUUUUAUUCUGGUUUUCUCACUCAUACAGAAUGAUGUGCGUGUUAAAUUUGAACAUCGAGGUGAAAAAAGGCAAGUAGUAAUUGGAGAUUUUAAAUUUUUUGUUGAAAUUAUACCCAAAUGUUUGGAUGAUAGAAUAAAAAAUAUAUAUAAUGGUAAAAGUAAACAAAGAUUAUAAAUUUUCUAUAUAUUAGUGAGUAAACUUCCCAUCAUCUUCCAUGCACAAACUGCAGUAUUUGUAAACAGAACAGUAAUAUUGUCUAUCAUUGUUUUGUUGUAGUUUUUUUUGUUUGUAAAUAUUGCAGUAUGUGCAUGGGAGAUGAGGGAAAGGUUAACUCACUAAUAUAUAGAGAAUUUAUAUUUUAUUUAAAAAAAAUUUGCCUCGUCAUGCCUUCUUUCUACAUUUUGUUAAAAGGGGGUGGAGAGGAUAGUACAUUGUGACUAUGGCAACCUAAAUCUGUUUGGACACAGUAUCUACAAGAAUAUUUGUGGGUUUUUUUUAAUUUAAUUUUUAUUUGGGGGGGGGGCAGAUAAGCCGCAAAAGUAUUGAUCAGCUCUCUGGUUUUUAGCUACCUAAUAACCUAAUGAAUACACUAAAUAUUUUAAAAAGCGGAUCUGACAUUGUAAAUGUGUGAGUAAUAACAUUUAGUCAUUGUGCUGGUUGAGUUUAAACUACACAUUGUAAUGGCAAAUCUGUAGAUUAACGUUCUACCUGCCUUGUGUCCACUCGUCUUCUCUCUUUGUGUUGAGAACGUAACACAAAGCUUGACAAAUUUUGUUUGGAAUCUAGGAGCCAGCUAAAAAAGUUAGCCAGUUUUUUUAAAGGACACUAUAGUCACCAGUACCACUACAGAUUAAUGUAGUUGUUCUGGUGCCUAUAGGCAGCGUUUACAUUUCUGCCUACUAAAACCUCUAGUGACAGUCACUCAGACAGCCACUAAAGAGUCGUGUGUCAGUGCUCUGCAUGGAGGCGCUGAAUGUUACACAUAGAGAACAUGCGUAAUAUCCUCCCAAUGCUUUCCUAUGGGAAAGUGUUGGCUUAGCUGAGAUCAUUAGGAUCUCUGCUAUGGAGGCGGGACAAGCAAUGGCGAAACCAGCACGGCAUGGGUAAAAAGGUUAGUAAAAACCUCAAGCGUAUGAUCGGAGGGGGACUGGCACCUAAACAGAGACUCUCUGACAGACACACACACACGCGUGCACAUGCACAGGCAUACACACACACUUUCUCUAACACAAUUUUAUAUUUUUAAUUCUAAUCCACCCAGCCUCCCUACUUUUGGGAGAACUGAGUGGACUUUCCCUGGGGGUCCAGUGGAGCUGCUAUUCCUGUGUGCGAGAGAGCAGUGAUCUUCCUGCAGCUCCUCUCUGCUGUCUCGCACUGUCUGCAGUGAUGCUGGGGGGGCUGGAAUGACAUCAUAUGCCGACUCCCAGCAUCACUACAGAGCGCGAGGGAGCACAGAGGAGCCCCGACGUAACACAUGGCUGCACACCGUGCAUCAUAUAAUGUCAUGCCUACUAGGACUGAUUUUGUUUUCUUGUGUGCAUACAUUCUGUAAGCUUCAACUUGGCCAGACUGCUAUCUAUGACGAUCACAUUAUUGACAAAAUAUGAUUUAAUUAUAUAUAGCAGCUUAGGUUUGUGAGCUAUGGUUUAUUGGUUAUACGCACUAUGAGGUUUUGUUGUUAUAAGAUCACCGUGUCAGUUUGGGAUGGUGCCCAUCUUCAGUGUGCUCCAAAGCUUAGAUCGCAGGGAUAUAAAUAUAUAUAUAUAUAUAUAUUUUUUUUUUUAAUUCUUACUAACUUUGCUAUUAAUUCAAGAAAACACUGCAACUUCAGUGAUAUAAGUGCUGCAUAACUUCCUCUGUCAUGUAGGGGUUAAGGCAAUGCACCCCUUGGAGUCCAUUUAGGUAAUUUAAACGUUUUAAUGUAUAUGUACUACUCCUCCAGUAUACUCUUGCCCCACUCUUUUCUGUCUCCAAGGCGGUAUAAUAGCUGUGUUGACAAAACGCGUAAGUCCCGUGACAGUGACCAAAGGUUACUUGUAAUAACCUGCAAUCUUCUCCUCUCACCACUUACACAGAAAUGUCCUGGAAUGCUUUUAUUUUUCAAUAAAUAAAAAGACUGUGCCUUUCUUAUGAAUUCUGGGGAAACACUAGGCUGUGUGUUACACACAUAGGAAAUAACACCAGGUCUCGCUUUACAUGGCUCGCUGGGGUUUUGCUAAUGUUAGAUCAAUAAUAAAACAUGGUUCUAACUUUUCACGGUUGCUAUUUGGGGAUUUUGUGUUGAAUUUUAGUAUAGGGGAAUGUUGGGUUUGUUUGACUGGUUAUAUACAAUGUAUAUGUACAACAGUAGUGAUAACCUAUAAUUAUAUUACCUGCAAACCCCGUUAAAUAUGUUUACAAGAGUUUUUUAUUUAUUUUUUUAAACUUUUGUAAAACAAAAAAAUAGCAGUAGAAAAUGAUUAUUAUUAUUAUUAUUAUUGGUAUUUAUAUAGCGCCAGCUUAUUCCGCAGCGCUUUACAAUAAAUCUAUAAUUCCUCUUCACUUGUUGUCAGCCCCUUUCUAGAAUUGUAAAGGGCUGUGUAAUAUAGCCUCUGUUUAUACGAAUGAUCCAUUACAAAGCGCCCCGAGAGGUUUACUUAUAUAUUUGUAAAUCUGCUUUAUUGUACUUUGUCUUGGAUCGCAUAUUUAUGGCUUAAGGUUUGGCACCGUGGCAAGCAUCUAUUUCCCCAAUGUAGAAUGCCUUCUCUCUGUAUAAUUUAUUUGCAGAAUCCUACAGUUCCCGCGACCAGUGAUGCUUAAAGACCUUUUUGCAAAGGCGAAGGUUGCAUUUGGCCAAUGUAUGGACCUACAUUACAGCAAUAACGAGGUAACUCUUUAGCUGAUCCAUGAACGGCCAAAGCAUGUAGCAAGCUGAAUUCAAUGGGACAUUCUUCUUUGCGAAUGUGAAAAUCAUAAUGUUCACUUUUUUUUUUUCUCCCCACAGUUCCCCGUCAUUUGUGUAUCCCACGAAAUAAAAUCAUGUGAUUCAUUUUGUGUAUUUAUUUUUUUCUUUCUAUUAAGUUAAUCAAACGUUUCUAUAUUCCUUUACCUUCAUCUAUAAGAAUUCCAUAAACAAGAUGGAAAAUAUAUUUUAUUUUUACUACAGUAGGUCAUUACAUACGUUGAGUGGCCUUAUUUGUGUGAUAACGCUUGUGAUAGUUUUUGUUUGGUAGACUCCAUUUUGACUCAAGGAAUACUAUCUGUGAGAUAUGUGUGACAAUUGGAUUUCAAACUUGAAGCUUAUUUGUCUACCAAUACUUUGUCCUGUUUCUCAAUAGCUUCAGGGCUUAGCAGGAAGUCUAUUGAUACUGGCUACCUUCCAAACCGCUUCCUGCUGGCAUUAAAAAAAACCACUCCGUAAUAUCUAACACAGAAAAUAACAGAGAAAGGGCUGCGCCAAGAGGUAGAUAGUAAUGAUAAAAAUAAUAUUCACAAUACUUUUAGGACAAUACAAUGUGUGGUCUCACUGAACCAGUGGGACUAAAGUUCUAAUAAAAUCACCAAAAAAUUAGAUAAGAUCCAAAGAUUGGGUCUCGCACAGAGGUAAAUGUCUUUUUAAGGUGUUUAUUUUGGGUGUAGUGUCCAACCUCCUUACUCGUAUGUAAAACAAGAAUAGGAACACCAAUGGUGCAGUAUGUACAGGCAAGUGAAGAUAAAAUAAACGGAUAUAUGUAGUCAACUCACAUUUAAACAUUUUAAGUAUAAUCCCCGCUUUAAAGGAUAUGUGAUGGGAGUCCUCCAGAGGGGUGGUGACGAAUAGUGCUCUCAGUAGAAUAAAAUAAGCAAUAAAUAAAAAUGUACUCACAAGUGGAGUGCAGGCAAACUGCACUAUGGUAUCAGCGUUGGUGGGAUGAUCUCCACCUCAGGAUAUACUUGGAGUCACAUGAAGGUAAAAGCAGGCAAAAUGUUCUCUUUUUUUCAAAUUUGGACCACACAUAUUGUAUUGUGAAUAUUAUUAGAUUUAUCAUUACUAUCUACCUCUUGGUGCAGCCUUUUCUCUGCUAUUUUCUGUGUCACAUGUUUUUUCUUCAGCGGGUUUGAGGGUUACCCUUUGUUGGGCGCUGCCUACAUUCUAUUUUAUGUUACUGUUGGACCCUUCUUUCAUUCUUUUCAUUACUCCGUAAUAUCUCCGUGGGAAAUGGCUAGUGAAUCCAUAGACCUGUAAGUUCUGUCUUUGACACCCCAAAAUGUUGUUUGGAAAGAUGCCUGAUCAUCCUGCUAUGUAGAUCCCAGAUAUCUGGGUUGUUGGGGUUAAUGAAAGUAAAUCCAGCUCUGAGCCUGAUCUCUUAUAGUAUGAUUCACCAGGCUGGCAUGUGUUUUUUUUUUUUGUUUUUUUUUUUGUUUUUACGCAGAGAUUUUGUACAGAGUGCCAGAGAAUCAGGAAGAUGGAUGAUGUGUUUUGUACAUAUUUGUUGUUGAAUUUGACUUUAAAUGGGCCUUGUUUGUUUUCCUAGCUGGUAAUUCCCUUAAAAACGCAGGAUGACCUGGACAAGGCUGUCGAACUGCUUGAUCGAAGCACUCAUAUGAAGAGCCUUCGAAUACUGCUGGUUCUACAUGGCUCCAACCAGGUAUUGUUAAUUGAGUAAUGUUGUUCUUAAAGGCAUUCACACCAUUUCAUCUCAGGCAUGCAGUAGUCCACUCGUUUUAACCCUGCAAUGUAAAUUGGCGUUUAGUAGAUACUGCAAUUGCUUACUCUGCAAGGUUAAAUAUGCCUCUAGUGUCUGUCUUCCUAACAGUCUGUAGAGGUGAUUGCGCUGCUCUCACCGCUAACCUUCAUGUGAUUAGAGGAGCGCAGCGCUGGGUGUAUCUGUGCUUUUCAUUCCCACUUCUAUGAGGAUAACUGUAUAGCACUACAAGAAUAGUCUACCAUGCGUCGUUAGAGGUGGGUUGAGCGGCUUGAGGGACUGUCUCUCGGCACGGUAUAAAUAAAGGGGAGUUUCUGAUUAUUUUUAUUUUUUUAAAUUAGAUUUGGGGGAGGAGUCUGUAACUAUUAAGCAGAGGGGGAUACUGUAGCAUUAGGUAUACAGUUUUUUGUAUUCCUAUUGCUGUAGUGUUCCUUUGAGGUUAAACCUGCUUCAAUUUCCACCUUCUCAGAAAUACAUGCUUCAGGCUCUCGUACUGUGGGGUCAGUUUGUGUGGGUCAUAUAAGGUGCACAUUUUAGUUUCAUUUACUGUACGACUAUGAAAAGCUGUGUAUUUGUACCCUGUAGACCCCUCCGUUUAACGACAUGGAGCUGGAGCCAUCUCUGCAGGAUCUGGAUAAUACCGUUUUUGGGCCAGUGGAACGAAAGAGCAAGACAUCUAUUAUAGUUGGUAGGUUUUCAUUAUAUUGAUCGAACAUGCGGCUUAUGCAAUGAAGAAAGUAAAUGCUCUCUUUGGCCGCUCUUGGAAACUUAAUAGGUGCUGAUAUAUGUUUGGAAUGUCAGUAAUUCACCUGUUUAUCACUAUCCCCAGCUAAAACAUUAUCUUAGUCCCAGUGGAAUAUUGUUCUGAUUCCAUAAUUAAUAUUUAUGUGUUACUUUAUAAUUGAACAUCAUAUGAUACAUCAAUUUUAAGAGGUAACUUCUGUUACAUGAACUGAAAACCUUUUGGGAUAGCUACCUCGGAAAAUGACAAUACCCAACCAGGGACCUUGGGAGACUGUCUGUAUGAAGGAAAUUCCAAAGAGUGAUUCCUUUUUAACAUGUGCUCAUAAUUUUAGUACCAGUCCAAGGGAAUUACUUUACACAGGCCUUGAAAAAUAAGAACACAAAUUUUACAGGACAGAAAAAUACUAAAUGGAAAAACAUUCUCACUAGCCUAUGGAGUGUCAUAUCUAUAUAUUCUCCCAUAUCAGGGGGUAGAACAUCUCAUGAUUUUCAGCUGUGCUGGUGUAAAAGCUGCACAGUAAGAGAAAAUCAACCUUAUCUACUGUUCUGUUGGCCUUUCCUGCUUCUCUGCAUAAACUCACUGGCAAAGUGGAAAUUCCCUGUCUUGUCUAUAUAGUAUUGGCAUGUUUACCCAUCACCUAAAGUAAACUCAAUGCGUCUGUUGGUCACAGUAAGGCUCCUAUAGGUGCUGGCAUUUACUUGGUCAGUGUAGCAACGUUUCACUGUAUAACGAGUUAAAUGCUAUCAGUGUUGUACCUUACAUCUCGAUGAAAUAUACAUUAUGUGUAUUUCCAGGUACGCAUAGUGGAGAUCGAACCUCCCCUCCUCCAGGAUACAUUCCAGAAGAAUUGCACCCUUGUGUCCGAAACGGAUCUUUUACAAGCAUAAACAGCGAAGGGGAAUUCAUCCCUGAAAGCAUGGACCAAGUAAAACUUUUUUUUUUAAAGAUCUAUUUUUUUUUUUUUUUUUAUUAGGAUGUAUACAUCAGCUGCAUUGUAUCUAUACAUGUGUUACCAUUUUGACCAUAGAUUUGAUUCACUAAAUGGCAGGUUCUGGAAAGGUCACAGUCCAUUUAGACAUAUCUAAACUGGAUAUUUGUUCCAUCCUUGUUUUAGCUUUUAUUGUGCAAGUCUAUUCUAAGGUCAACAUGUGAUCUGAUACCAUUAGAAUUUAUUCUAUAUUUCUGUCUGUCCAAUCUGCAUUAUGCUCUACAAAGAAGGGAAAUUACUAUCCCACUCUCCCUAACAUUCACUGCAGUGGUUUACAUUUGGUUGUUUGGGGUGUGGAUGAAAACCAGUUUACCAUUGAUAAAAAAAAAUUACACUUCUUACCAUAAAGAAAGGACUCUGUUACCUAAAUAUUUUUUAUUUAUAAUUAUAGAAUCUGUCCAUAACUAUUGCCAGGUGAACACAUCUUUCAACACUUAACUCUGUGUCUCUCCUUGUGUAGAUGCUUGACCCUUUGUCUUUGAGCAGCCCUGAAAACUCUGGCUCUGGUAGUUGUCCAUCCCUUGACAGCCCUUUAGAUGGGUAAGUCUGAGUGUCCAGAAAGAAGAAAUAUUUUACUUUCUCUGAGGAUACGCGUGUGUUACUGCUUGAUACCAAACUGUUGCCAGAUUGAAUUUAAACUCCCUUCAUUUAAAGCCAGCACCUGCUAAUGUGCUGCCUUAGGAUGUUGGCUGUGCAUGUCACACCCACUGGAUGGGUGCUGGUAAUUGGUAUUUACAAAUCUUUGUCAUCACAGUGAACCCAGUUUGUGAACCCACGCUGAGUUUCCAUCGUGUACUUUCUGCUUUCAACGUGCAUUGUGCAUUCUUUUACAUGCCACUUUAAAAUCCCAAUACUUUUUUUUACCUAAAUAGAGUAAACAUUCUAAGUGACAUGGGUUCCAUAAAAGAAAGCUACCCUAAUUAUCAUUAGAAUGUUUAAACAUACCAUAUUAUCUUCCCUGCCCGGUGACAUACUUACUGCUAAUCAACUAAAACAGUACAGAGCCUGGUUUGUGAUUGGCUGCUGGUAUUUUAUUAAGUGUUCCCUAUGCUUGCCACUUGUCAUUCUUUGUUACCAACAUGACUUUGCCUGUUAUAAUUCUGCCCUCAUAGAAUAGUGUUCUUCUCAAGUUUACAUACAACAUUUUCACAGGACAUUUUAUUAUGAAGCCAUGUUUACUGCUCUGAAAUUGCUUUCAGGGGUGCAGCCAGGAGUCAGCUGUGUCUUUCAUUGAUCACUCGGGAAUUGUUUUGGGUUUUCAAAAUGGCCACCUCCAUACUGUAAAAUUGUUAGUUAAAUGGGAAUAAAUUGUUAGUUAAAUAGUUUGCAGCCCCAUUAUCUCUACUCUAUGUAUGGAGAUUUCUGCUCCAUUUGUUCUCUGAAGGGUUAAACAAUCAUUUUUUUUUUGUUUUAAUUUUAUUUUGUAGAGAGAGUUAUCCGAAAUCUCGAAUGCCGAGAGCUCAGAGCUACCCAGAUAAUUACCAGGAGCUUUCAGGUAAAGAAGACAUGACUGUUAAAUGCUUAUGUAGCACCCAUGGUGCCGUUUAAUCCCUCCCACUUAGCUAUGUUGAAUUGGCAGCUACAUAUUUUCCAGGUGAUGUUGGCAAGCUGUUAUUGUGAUUAAUGUGUAAGCAGUGAUGUAAUGUCUAUCUUUGGCAUUAUCUGGCUGGCUGAGUGUACUGGUGUACAUAGUCUGGAACAUCCAUAGUGCCGUUAUGUAACGCUCUGUAUAGCACCAGUUAUUUAGUUUGAGUAAAACCAUGCUUGUGAUAUUAUAAUACAUUUUAUUGCAAACCACAACACUAAAGUACAUGGCUGCCAUUUAUUAGCACAAUGUUAAAGGAACCCUAUAGUCACCUAAAUUACUUUAGCUAAAUAAAGCAGUUUUAGUGUAUAGAUCAUUCCCCUGCAAUUUCACUGCUCAAUUCACUGUCAUUUAGGAGUUAAAUCACUUUGUUUCUGUUUAUGCAGCCCUAGCCACACCUCCCCUGGCUAUGAUUGACAGAGCCUGCAUGUAAAAAAAACUGGUUUCACUUUCAAACAGAUGUAAUUUACCUUAAAUAAUUGUAUCUCAAUCGCUAAAUUGAACUUUAAUCACAUACAGGAGGCUCUUGCAUGGUCUAGCAAGCUAUUAACAUAGCAGGGGAUAAGAAAAUCUUAAUUAAACAGAACUUGCAAUAAAGAAAGCCUAAAUAGGGCUCUCUUUACAGGAAGUGUUUAUGGAAGGAUGUGCAAGUCACAUGCAGGGAGGUGUGACUAGGGUUCAUAAACAAAGGGAUUUAACUCCUAAAUGGCAGAGGAUUGAGCAGUGAGGCUGCAAGGGCAUGUUCUAUACACCAAAACUGCUUCAUUAAGCUAAAGUUGUUCAGUUGACUAUAGUGUCCCAUUAAGUCAGGACUGCAUUUUUUUUAUAUUGAAGAUUUUGUGUAGAUUUUUGGCCUUGUGUAGUAUUUUUCAAAACUCUGAUAAGCGUGCCAGAGAGAAAGCAAAGGACUUAUUCUUCCGUUCAGUUUCCUGAUCAGAACAGUUUCAGUCUCCGUUUCAUGACAGCUGUUUUCUUCCAUGUCUACUAUCUACCAAUCCCUGCUGGUAAAAAGGAAUGCCAUUUUAUUGAUACAUUUGCUAGUAGUUAACUUGUUGUAUCCUUGCUGUGUUCUCUUUCCAUUGCUCUGACUUUACAAAAAACAACGGUCUGUUUGUGCUUGGCGGAUGCUGUUUUGCUUUUUUCUAACACUUUGAAAAUUAUUGUCCUUUUUAGAGUAUGACAUUCCAGUGUUUGAGAAGUUUGGGAAAGGUGGCACGUACCCACGAAGAUACCAUGUUUCAUAUCACCACCAGGAUUAUAGUGAUGGUGAGGGCCGCUCUGCUAAUUUGCUGUAAUUUCAGGCUUGCUAUGAAAAAGGGUCACGAAGAAGACGAGCAAAUAUUUAUCAAAGAGCCCUAUUGGUGCAAAGUUGAUUUGUAAAAGAUUUUUACACAAACUCUUUAAAUGAGCCUCCAUUUCCCACAUCACCUGUUGGCAUGAAGACUGGUUAAUAAAGCAACAGCUAGCAUGAACCUCUCCACUAAUAAACAUAAAAAAAAAUAUUCUAAAGUGUUAAAUCUGUCCACUUUGGCAAUAAGUUGUUGCUAUUAAUGAAGCAAAUUCAGCAUUUUAUAAAGACAUUAAAGGGAUCCUAUAGUGCAAGGAAAACAACCAGUUUUCCUGGGACUAUAGGCUCCUGGAGUUGAACCCCUCCCUUGGGGCCCCUCUCCUGCGGGGUUAAAGGGGUUAAAACCCCUUCUGCCACUUACCUGAAUUCAGCGCCAAUGUCCCUCGGCGCUGGGUCAGGUUCAGCCCACUCAAUGGCCGCGCGCAUUAAACCUCCCAAAUGGGGAAAAUCUGACGCUGGAGGUCCGUCAGAUAACGUACCAAAAGUCUGUUUGGAUUCCGGAAGCCUUCUAGUGACUGUCUAUUAGACAGCCACAGAGGGCAGACUUUGAGCUGCAAAAGGGUCACAGCACCCAGACUAUUUCAACUAGCUGAAGUGGUCUGGGUGCCUACAGUAUCCCUUUAAAUCUCUCUGCUCAGUGCUGCUAUAAUACAGUUACAUGAAAUGCUCUUUUCCCUACAUAAUGUCAUAAAAUAAACCCCCAAAACUUGCAUUUAAAAAUCUUUAUAUAUAGAAGGUGCACUCAUAGUAUCAUUAAAAAAUGUAAGUGGCAUUACAACUCUCCGUAUACAUAUGAAGGUGAUACAUAUUCAUACAGAUCGCAUCACAAAACCAGAUUCCUAAGAGAAAUUUUAUUUAAUUUUUUUACCCUUUCCAAACAGUUAAGGUAUGUGGUUGAUUUCUGCUUUGUUGUUUGUUUACGCAGGGCGCAAAACCUUCCCAAGAGCCCGACGGACCCAAGCUAACACUUUCCGAUCCCCAGUCAGUUUCAGCCCAACAGAUCACUCGCUGAGUACAAGUAGUGGUAGUAGUGUCUUCACUCCAGAGUAUGAGGACAGCCGCCCGAGGAGAAGAGGCAGCGACAUAGAUAACCCAACCUUGACUGUAAUGGACAUCAGUCCACCCAGCCGGUGUAAGUAACAGUCACAUUGCAGCCAGUCGCUGUGUCUUUGAAAGAAUUCUGUCACUACGUAAACACACAUUCCAAGCUGGAGUUAACUCUCAUUUAUUGUAACACUGCAUUAUACGUAGAAUGCUUCAAUAUCUGCAAUAAUGGUAAUGGGGGGGAAAAAACCUACUUUUAUUUGAUGCUCCUGCAUUUGCUGCAUAUCUGUAGACUGUGCAGCAUCUGCAGUGACCUAUCCCCAAACAUGUAAGUAAAUCUAACAUGGAUCAAAUCUAUUUAACUCCCGAAGUACUAUUGAACGUAAUACGAUAAGCACAGCUAAAAUAAACACACUUGGAUGUCGCAUGCAAAGCAUAAAAAUACACUUGUACAAAUGUGCAGUAUUUUAAAAUAUCAUAAAUGCAAAAUGUAGUGAAGAAUAUAGUAUUUAUAACUCAUUGAUACCUUGCAUAAAUUAUAUUUAGCACAAAAUGUUUCCACGGCGUGUAUGCUAUCUAAGCUGUUUGUACAACUCUAUGGAAUAUGUUCUCACUUGAUAAAUAGUGUUAAUCUUUUUAUAAAACUGUUGUACCUGUUUGUGUCGCACUAACUGUUUGCAGAGACACUGCACCCAACCCUGAGUUACCCUUCUAAAUAUUUAUUUCCCCUUCUCCUCCCUUUCCUACUUCAGCGCCACGUGCACCAUCUAACUGGAGGCUUGGCAAACUGCUGGGCCAGGGGGCUUUUGGCAGAGUCUUCCUGUGCUAUGACGCCGAUACUGGCCGAGAGUUGGCUGUGAAACAAGUCCAGUUUGACCCAGACAGUCCGGAAACGAGUAAGGUAAGAUCCUGAACCACCUCACUCCCUAAGGACACGACUGGCAUCUUGGUGAUAUUGCUGGAUCAUAGGAAAGGUUUCUCAAAUUACCAGCUGAUGAGAAGAAUGUUUGUUUUUUAUGCAACUAUCCAGUCUUGUUCGCUGUUACUGCUUGUGAGAUACAGGCAUUUGAUAAAAUGGCAAAGGCCAUAAUUCCAUUGAUUCCAUUGUUAUUUUUCUAUAAUUUGUAUGCCGACUGAGUGUCAGAAAAAACACUUUUUGCUUAGUCCCAUUGUUUGUGCUUUUGUUUAUGACACUGCUGUUUAACCCCUUAAGGACCAAACUUCUGGAAUAAAAGGGAAUCAUGACAUGUCACACAUGUCAUGUGUCCUUAAGGGGUUAAACAAAUGGCACUGCAUGAGCAAGUUACAUGUGCCUACGUAAACCGGGGUGGGGGAGGAGAUUUAAGACAUAAAUAGCUUGACUUGUUUUGCAUCUCAUUCAGAUACUUUCUCAACCUCUCUGUUUCUGAUGGACACUGACACAGAGGUAGAAAAUUUCACAACAGUGAUCUGCGUUUUAUUAAAGUGGGCACAUGAACCACUAAUCAUCUUCUCUGCAGAAUUGUAACCUUUAAACAAGGCUCAAAAUGUCCACUUGCCAUUAGCCAUUAACGAGUAAACAUUUAGUCUCGGCGAGUAGAAGUGCAAUGGACCCUCCAGGCUUGCAGGGGUAAGUACUUUUUUUAAAGCCUAGCUGCUAGCGUAGGACUUGACAUUUUAAGCCCUGCUUUAAUCUAUAUGUUGUGAUAUAUCAUCAGUUGAUGUAUAGAUUACAUCACAGAUUUACUUGAUGUUUGAUUCUAGGUCUGUACUCCAGGUUCCAUCUUUGACCUAGUGAGAUAAACCUGAAUUGCUGCAUUAGCUGCAGCACUUUCACUUUAUUCAUUUUUCUUUAAACACAAAGCCAGGCUGACUUUUUAUGUGCCACAAAGCGUCCUGCCUCCUGGAAAUUGGCUUGAGAACCAUGGCGUGAUCUCAUUGAGCUUACAAUGAAAAACUAAAACUGCUGGCUGAGAUAUCACAUUCUUGGGUCUUUGGAUUUGACAGGCUUCAGACUUUUCAGUGUGUUUAUUUCACUGUGUGUGUGUAAUGUGUCUGCACUUGCUCUCAACUUGUGUCUAAUUUACGCAGUUCUGAUGUUUUGUGUACGCUCAUGCAAAUUUAGGGAUAAAAGUUUUUGUUUGUUUUGUUUUUUUUAUAAAUUUUAUGCUAACUUUAGGAGGUAAAUGCUCUGGAGUGUGAAAUUCAGCUGCUGAAGAACCUCUUGCAUGAGAGAAUUGUUCAAUAUUAUGGCUGCUUGCGAGAUUCACAAGAAAAGACGCUGUCCAUAUUUAUGGAGUACAUGCCAGGGGUAAGAAUUUGAUUUAUUUAAUUAUUUAUAUUUAUUUUUAAAGUGGAGUUGACUCAACGGAAACGAGCACUCCAUAUUUGUAACUGUUUAUAAAAAAUGCUGAAUUUAAAAUAACAUUUUUAUACAUUUUGCCUAAACACUGGGGAGGUUUUCUUUCACUUCCUAAUGGAAGCAGCAGGUGCCUCCCCACCCCCGUCUCAUGGAGACGCUGUGGGAGUAGAUCUACUAUACUGUAAAAAAAAUAUAUAAAAAUUUAUAUCCAUAAAUUGCUCUUUGCAUUAUAUAGAUAAUAUAUUUGUAAAUACAUUUGCAUAAACACAAAUUUAAACAUAUUAAUAAUUAUAUCUGCAGUUCCUGCAUUUGCAGCAUAACCACAGGCUUUGCUUCUUCUGCAUUGAACUCUCACCAUCCAAGAAUCACGGUCACUUCAGUUUUUAUCGCUGUCAUGUCAACAUGCACGGCUGUAUAUUUGGAAUCAGAGGAAGAUAGAAAAGUGUAUUAAGUAUAUGGAGCAAACGUUUGUUCCUUUCUUCCUCCUUCUAAUGGAUGGUAAUAUAACAAACACAAGCUACUCAUUGCUCCUAACAUUUUACGUGUCAGGAGCCUUUUUAAACUUGAAACAACAUCUCUGUGUUGCAUCAUAAAUUAUCACUAUUUAAAGAAAUGUUAUUUUACAAUGCUGCAUUGACUAACCAUUCAGUAUUUAUGCCUCUUAUGUCAAGUUGUUUCUACCCAUCCAAAAGCAGGCGCUGAGACACCUACAGGAAACUAUACUGCGUUACAUGAUUAAAUGGACCAGUAAUCUGAUUAAUUGGAUACAAUGGAGCAGAUUCCCAUUUAUUAUCAUUUAAAGUAGACCCAGAAAUGGGAUAUUAAAUUAUAGAUUCAAUAUAAUUCAUACUGCACUGAGAGCCAAUAUUGUGAUUUAUAGCAUGCAGUGUAUGUCCAUGUGUAAAGUCAAAGUGAGCUUCAGAAUUUAGCAAAAUAUAACUAAAUAUUUUUAUUUCUAUUUAGCCUUUUGUGCCUAAAUCUUUAAAUUCUAUUUUGUUUUGCAUUCCUGACUAAUCACACUUUGGCUCUGUUUUAAAAAAAUUCUUUUAUUUACUAAAUUUCAGUAUUAGAAUUUAAAACUCACACAUGUAACCAUUUUUACUUUGUUUUCGUUGGCUGCAGGGAUCUAUAAAAGACCAGCUCAAGGCAUAUGGCGCACUUACUGAACAUGUAACUCGAAAGUACACCCGGCAGAUCCUCGAGGGUGUUCAUUAUUUGCACAGUAACAUGAUUGUUCACAGAGAUAUCAAAGGUUUGUCCUGUCCUGAGCCAGACUGAGAACGUAUUUAAACGAUUAAAAGAUUUUAGACCACUCUCUAAAAUUAUAGUUUAUUUGCUGGAUGCUUAAAGGACCACUAUAGGCAUCCAAACACUUCAGCUUAAUGAAGUGGUCUGGGUGCCAGGUCCAUCUAGGUUUAACCCUUUUUACUGUAAACAUAGCAGUUUUAGAGAAACUGCUAUGUUUACCUAUGGGUUAAUCCAGCCUCUAGUGGCUGUCUCAUUGACAGCCGCUAGAGGCGCUUCCGCGCUUCUCACUGUGACUUUCACAGUGAGAAGAUGCCAGCGUCCAUAGGAAAGCAUUGAGAAUGCUUUCCUAUGGACUGGCUGAAUGCACGCGCGGCUCUUGCCGCGCAUGCGCAUUCAGCCGAUGACAGAAGAGGGAGGAGAGUCCCCAGCGCCGAGGGAGCCCGGCGCUGGAAAAGAGGUAAGGGAUUAACCGCUUCCUCCCUCUUCAGUGCCACGGGAGUGGGACCCUGAGGGUGGGGGCACCCUCAGGGCACUAGAGUGCCAGGAAAAUGAGUUUGUUUUCCUGGCACUAUAGUGGUCCUUUAAUUGUAAACCAAACUGAAAACUUUGGGCUAGAAUAGUCAAACUGUGACUCUUGCAGAGUUGGAGAAUUUUGUUCCCGUAUCAACUAUAUUUGCCUACAAUUCAGCAUCCAGAGAAUAGUGUUGUCACCUGGUUAGUGAAUCAUAAAUUCUAUGUAUAUUUUGUUUGUUUUUGGUGUUUUGUGUGGGGAUAUUCUGUAAUUAGUUUGAUACUCCUGACUUUGUGUUACAGCUCUGAUUAUAUAUUUUCUGUUUCACAGGCGCAAACAUUCUGCGAGAUUCAUCAGGAAACGUAAAAUUGGGUGAUUUUGGUGCUAGCAAGCGACUUCAGACCAUUUGCCUUUCAGGAACUGGGAUGAAGUCAGUCACAGGGACUCCUUACUGGAUGAGUCCAGAAGUUAUCAGUGGAGAGGGCUACGGGAGGAAAGCGGAUAUCUGGUGGGCUAAAUCUGUGCACCUAGUCAUUGCGCAAAUAGCAAACCCCAGCUGCCAGCGCACGUUUCGGAGCAUUGCCGGGCUUUAGUGUUCAUGCUGUUAAAGGGACACUAAGCGCCAUAACCACUGUGGCAGUGGUGCCAGGAGACCCCUGCCAUGGCCCAAACUUAAAGAAAUGCAUAUAGGUAUUCCUAAUACUAUAGUGUUUCCCUACCUAUGUAGGUGUCCGCCUACCUGGCGGAGAUAAUCAGAUCAGAUUUUUAUGAUCCUAACUGAAAGGUUAAAAUCACAACGAAUACUUCAGUGUUUAGGUGAUGUGCCCUGACCCAAGAAACUCUAAAGUGCAGCGCUAGAACCAACACUCAUCCUAUAGGUACAAAAUGGGGAAGGCCAGUUCUCAUAUAGAUAUAUGAAAAUUAGUGCAAUAAUGCAAAUAAUUGGAUAGUGCAAAAUUAUGGUUUAUUUGCAUGCAAGCGACACUUUUUUCACACGUAUUGGUUUAUGAAUUGAAAGGUGUCUGUUUUCUUUUAUUGCUCCUUCACCACUUGGUCUGUCAAAGGGAAUUACUCAUUGUGACUGCACACAGAUAUUUCAUUUUAUAGAUGGUAAUACUAUACUAGUAUAGUAUUUAUAAACAAGUUAAAAUUCCUCAAAAAUCUAAAAUCGAAUAUAAAUAACUUAUUUUCUUCCGUUAAACCCCCAAAACCUGAUAUCUGUAACUCCUGUAUCAUUCCUUACAAUCUCCUGUCCCAGAAUUGGCUCCAUUGGGAGAAGGUGACUUAGUGAGAGAAAUGUUCAAUGAAUACUCGUGUUGUCACUAGAUACAAGCUUGGUAAUAAUAUUUAUCUUUACUCUUCAGGAGUGUCGGAUGUACUGUUGUGGAAAUGCUAACAGAGAAACCUCCUUGGGCAGAGUUUGAAGCCAUGGCUGCAAUCUUUAAAAUCGCCACGCAGCAAACCAACCCUCAGCUGCCAGCGCACGUUUCGGAGCAUUGCCGGGAUUUUCUGAAAAAGAUUUUUGUAGAGGCCAAACAGAGACCCUCCGCGGAGGAACUUCUGAGGCACACAUUCGCCCAGUAUCACUAGCGACUUGGCUUUAACACAUCUUCUGUUUUGUGGCAGUUUUCUCUCCUUUCUUCCAAAGGUGAUGGCACUUUAAAAGCCAAUUGGACACACAAAAAAGAAUGACAAGAGAGAUUCAUGCUGUCCUCUCGAUUCUGAUCUUCGUGGAGACCUGAAGAUUAUGUUUUUAUUUGUGUAUGUGGACAGGACUUUUUGCGUUCAACACUUGGUACUUGUUUUUAUUCAUGGUACUGCUGCGUUUGUCCCCAGUCUAAGCACUUUAGUACAAUUUCCAUUCCUUUUCCACUGGUAAAAAAAAAAAAAAAUACAAAAAACCUACAGGUUCAAAAGGCCAAAACUCCUAGUUGUGAACGACUCGUACAUGCGGAUCUGUACGUUUUGGUUUUGAUCCGAGGCAGCUCUGUUUUGCUUUAUUUUUCUUAGGACAACCAGUGGUACAAUUACACCUGGUUCAAGCAAUUGCUUGGGAUCAGAACUUUAAUAUCUUAAUCAGGUUUGAGUAUCUAUCUCUUAAUCCUGCCUUCUUCUAACUUCACGAUAACCUUAUUAAGCCUGCGUAGGAGUGCUACGGUAAUAAGACGGUUUAGCAAAGAAGCCUAGAGGAACCUUUCUAGAACGGUUAAAGGGAAUCUACACCCAUUGUUUCCAAACACAGCCUUCUGUAGUCAAAAAAACUUCCUAUAAGGUGCCAAUUUCAUUUUUUUUGGUUUUUUUUUUAAAGAUAUUUUAAGUUCCUACGGUUAAGUUCUGAUGAACUGGUUUAAUGUAAUUUCUCACAUUCAAGGAAGAGGGGAACAAUGGGCUCCAAUAUUGCACUAAUUACGUGGCACCAGGAAUAAGUUAUGAAAAUGAUCUGAAAAACCCUGAUACAUAAAGGAUAUCUGCUUUCUAAUGCCUAAUCCCACUGGAAUGGGCCAGCAUGUCUGGACAUUUAAUUAAUCCAUCCAUUGAACACCUAGGGGUAAGGGUAAGGGGGGGAGAGGGGGGUGCAAAUAGAAUUGUUGGAUUUGUCUGUCACAUCGGAGUAGAAAUAAUUAACUACCAGACUUAAUAUGUCUAAACUGCAAUUUCUGCAGAUUUUUUAGGUGACAGAUGUACUUAAAUGAUUAUUUAGAAGAGACUAUGUGGCCACUGAGACCUGAUGAGUUCCUCUUGGGUUCUAGAUCAAAGAAAAUGCGUCUAAUGCUUGUUUUACUCCAACAUACGCCAUGUAUUUUAAGGUGUAAACACAUUUUCAUUUAGAUUCUCUUUAGGAUUUUACUUGAAAAUUCAACCAAAUAUAUGUUGCAAAGGUUUUUGGCUCUCAGGUUAAUUUUAACAGAAGCAGAAAUGCUAGUUUCUUUGCUGAAAAAGGCAGUAUUUAUAUUUCGUAAUUCUACAAUACUUAACCCCUUAAGGACACAUGACGUGUGAUAUGCCAUGAUUCCCUUUUAUUCUGGACGUUUGGUCCGUAAGGGGUUAAAGGGACACUCCGGGGACCAAUAACUGUUUUGUAGAUUUCUGCACGGUAAGCCUACCUCCGUAGCCAUGCACCCUCAUUACACAGAGACUUCUUUAUCAAAUGGAUGCUGUCUGCAGACAGUCAGAGAAACUGCAAACAGGUAGUGAUAUCCUUACUGUAGGUCUCCCUGUGUGUACUUCCCUUCUCAUACAUGUUGUUUUGUAUUUUAGAUAAUUCAGUACUGUCUGUGACUUGGCUAUGUGCGUACCUCUUUGAUAAGGAAGUCUUUUAUGGAGUGCGUGGGUGUGGCUAAAGAGGCAGCAUACUGCAAAAUAUUUAUUGGUCCCAGAAUGUCCUUUAAGGACCGAUUUUUAGUAAAUUGAGCUGCAUUUGUCAAAACUUGCUGUUAAACAAAUAAAUACUUUUUUUUUUUUUUUUUUUUAAUUUAAUGAAUUGCGUAGCUAAUUGGUUUUAGAAAUUUAGGCUACAGUUGGACAUUUCUGAGAGGAUCUUAAAUGAUGUGCAUCUAUGUGGUGUCUCCCAACAAUUUCUGUUUAUUCCAGAUCAUGGCCACACAAUGUGUGUCUUCAGUGUUUGUAGUUUCUUGUUUGGGGGUUUAUUCGCUAAAUGCAAGGUUAUGGUGACUUGAAAACCAAUUUGUUCUUUUCUCCUCUCUACUCCCAACUUUAACAUGGCCUAAAUUCCUGUAAGAUUGUCAUUAUCUUAACUUCUAGUUUAGUGAAUAAACCAGCCAUAUGUGUUAUAAGCCGUAAAGAAUAGCUCUGCAGCUACAUACGAGUAUACACAUUACAUCAGAUGUCCGAAGGAUCCCCAAGGAGGGGAGAAUUUGAUGCAUUCCAGUGUUUACUUUAAAGUGACCCUGUCAUCAGCGAUUGAUAGUAAACCAUUUAAUGUGCGUGUAUAGUGUAAAAGAUAUACUUACCUGGAUAUUGCUUGCUCACCUUAUGAUAUUCACAAUUGGAUGUGCACCCCAUAUUACGCAUGCCUUAUCUCCAAGUUCCUUGUGUGUGGGCACUUUUGCGAGGUUUUGCUGGGUCAUUUGGAUAAGUGACCGGUGCAGCAAACGCUUCACUCUUGGAGACCUAUUGUGGUCUUUACAACUAGAGGACAAUAGAAUUGUAACAAUGACAUUUGGUGCACUUUAACAAGAAAAUUAGUUAAUAUUUCUGGUACAAAGAAUUCACUUGGAAUUCACGGUACAGUCAGUUGAUGUAACUGUAAUAACCUAUCCAAAAUAUACGGUAACUCGUUCAGGGCAACACUUUGUCUGCCUGCCAGUAUUACUAAAGCAGAUGUUUAAAUAUUUUGAGAUUUUCGGGAAAAUACGUUUUGUAGGUUAAAUGCAAAAUGCACGUUUUAGAGAAGGGGCAAGUGUGAUGUAAUCAUAUUAAUAGACAUGUGAUUACCACAGCGGUGUGCGCAACUUUACACACAGCUCCUUGCUAGGCACUGUGACCCAUGCACAGCAUCAAGGGAAGCUCACAAAUGCACUAAUUGCAUUAACUUAAUUAGCUCCAUACAAUGUGCCCUCCACAUGUACACAUAAAGCUGGCAUGUUCUUUUUAAUUCCGCUUGAGCCCAGUCUAAUGGGGAUUUCAACUAGUGGACUAGAGCAUUUUAUCAAAUUUCUUGUCACCAUGGAUAGAACCACAUUUUUAGCAGUCUGCUGAUCUAUUUAUUGCUUGCUAGAAGCUGAUCCAAAUCUUUCAGUGCUCUGCGCUACGAUAUUUGGAUACGCUUUGCAAAUGGUUCACAAUCUGUGAAGUUAAUGUUUUUUUAGAUAAAUCCUUUUUUUGAAAACACACUGUGAUCAUUUGAAUAGUCUGUGAUAAAAGAUGCAUGCAACUGGAGAUUCUGAAUUGUUAAAAUGUCAAGGGUAAGGAGGGAAAUUUCACCAUACAUUUUUAAAGGGACACUAUAGUCACCUGAACAACUUCAGCUUAAUGAGGUUGUUCAGGUGAGAACUAUAGCUCCCUGCAGCCUUUCUCAUGUAAACACUGUAUUUUCUGAGAAAAUACAGUGUUUACAUUGAAAGCUAGGAACACCUCCAGUUGCAGUCACUCAGAGUGAACCAGAGGGACGUCUGAGUUGAUGGAGGCAUAAUAUGCCUCCAUCCACUCAGAUCUGCUGUGCAUGAGCAUCCUGUGAUUCAGUAUCUCCAACCUCUGCAUGCAGACACGGCACUUUCCUCAUAGAGAUUCAUUGAUUCAGUUCAGGGCCAGGGCUGUGUUUGAAUUGUGCUGGCUUCGCCCCUGAUUUGCCUCCUUGUCAGUCUCAGACAAUCCUAUGGGGAAGCACUGUGAUUGGAUCAGGCUUUCACAUGUCAGCAGACUGCUUGUUUUUCCUGAGUCUAACAGAAUGCAGAUUUACAGCUUCAGGCUUGAAUACAGUAAGAUUUUUACUAUUUUUAUGGAGGCAUGAGGGGCCCAGGGGGCUAGAUGGUGGUGUUAACACUAUAGGGUCAGGAAUACAUGUAGUUGCACUGGUGACUAUAGUGUCCCUUUAAUUUCUUUUUAUUUUGUUUUCUUUACUUUGGAUGGUGAUUUAUGUUAUUCACAUCCCUUCUCUUUUUGCACUGAUUGCAAUCAUUGUCUGUUGUGAGCUUUAACCAUUAGAAUACCCGAACCUGUGCAAAAAUACAAAAGCAAAUUGUUACUCAUCGUUCUGGUAGUGUAUGUGAUUAACCCACGCAGGUAACCGGGCACGGUAUAUUUUUUGCACAGAUUCGGAUCAGAGAGUUGCAGGUAUUGACUUGUUUAAGAAUGUUUUUACUGGUAAUUAUUGUGACAUGAAAACUGUUAUUGGUCUCCGCUCUGUACGUCUUGGUUUUGUGAUUUAAGCAGUACUCGCCCAGUCCGUUUCGGAAGCCAUUAUUGACUGUCACAGGUCUUUAGCUGUUUAUAACUAGUGCCUUUUUUAAUGUUUGUUUUUUUGUCUGUAAAUACUGUCCUUUUUGAUGUUUGUUCCAUAAUCGUAUAUGUGUAUAAACACCCCCUAGGUGGUUUUUGGUUUACUUUUUCUUUAAACAACAAGUCAUCUAUAACUCUACUUUGCUAUGGGACACUGAAUGUGCAGUUUAUUUUCCAGUCUAUUUUUUAUAUAUAUAUAUAUAUAUAUAUACACCUGUGUCGAAAAAUUGGCAUCUGCUUUGUAUUCCCGAGAAUAUUAAGAUUUAUUCUCUCAGUCCGUUGCAUAAAUUUCUAAUCAAUGCUGCUGGCUUCAUGUGGGCACAGUUGAUGCAUCCCACAAUGCUGCAAGCGCAAUCCCAGGAUGCUAUUUCUGCAAGCUUAUUGAUUUUACCCCCUGUAAAGGUAUUAGAGACCUGGCAACCCAUACACUUGUAGGUAAUCAGUUCACUUUAACCCCUCAAGGACGUGUGACAUGUCAUGAUUCCCUUUUAUUCCAGAAGUUUGGUCCUUAAGGGGUUAAUGGCCAGUGUAUACGUUUGUUGUUGUUUUUUUGUUUUUUUUUCUUCAUUAGAUUUUAUAUUUUGUAAACUCGCCCCCAUUUUGUGUGGAUUUUAUAACCUAACCUUUGUAUUGAUCCAUACUGCUCAUCUAAAAAUAUGCUGACCCAGCCUGACAUCUCAAAAUUAGGACUUGUUCUAAUGGCCUUUUAGAUGUUUCCACAUCAUUGAGAGUUACAUGGCUUUUAACUUGAUUUUUGUUUUUCUCUAAAAGGCACUUUGAACUCUAUGAAUGCCAAAGAUUGUUCUAUCUGUGUGAAAUAGCAUGGCGCAUGUUUAAGACCUUUAUGUAAUACCGCUUUAAACCAGAGCAAACAAAAAUGUAUGCAGUAUAACACUGGUUGAUUAGCGAUAAACUUAAUCUGCGCACUUCCUGCGGUUCUUCGAUGGGAGUUUGUGCCUAUAUUUAACCCAUGUUUGAGGGAACUUGAGAAAGUCCUUUAUACCAAACACAAGGCUUUCCAGUGCUCUAAAUCCUUGGUGCUCACAGACCCACGUUUGUUUGUCUGCCUGUUUAUUCCAUCUGAAGUCUGAUAGUUUUGUGUACACGAGAAACAUUGUGGGUGUAGUACACACUUUGCGUAAGAACUAAGAUGGGUAGAGGUGGUUAUUUACUUUUUUUCCUUCUCUUCUCUUUUCAUGUUUCCACAUAUUCCCAUCAAAUUGGCAUUUUUUGUUAUUGGUACAUUGAAUGGAUUAGAGUAGCAAAGAUCAUGUAUUUAAAUCUCUUUAAAACUGUAAAUAGAUUCUGUAAAUGUUAUUUUAACUUUUUAUAUAGACACAACUUAACUUAAUGAACUGUAUCAUGUUGGCAUAUAUAUAUAUCUGGAAUCUGUACACAAUCCGAAGUUGUCAAAUCUUGAUAAUCCAGUGUUAACUUUUUAUGGGAAAACGUGAAUUUAGAAUCUACUGCUGUGUGCAUACUUCUCUCGAUCGUGUUCUUAAAGGCCGGAUACAAAGCAAAGUUUAGGCAUAGUACUUGGUACAAUGUUUAGCAAUGUCCAUUAUUAGCUGUUAAUUGGCGGCAUCUUAAAUCAUGUGCAUUGGCAGUCCCAAAGUUAUGUUGUCAUUCUCACAUAUAUGUUUAAAUGUGUAUAAACCAUGACUGCCCUUUAAAGGGUUCUGGUUCAAUUGUCAGGUGGGAAAUGGGAACAAUUUUGUUUCUGUGCGUUUACUAUCAGAAUUUUGCUAUACAACGCAUGAAAACCUAAACGUCUAUUUCCUCGUGUGAUAAUUCUGCAGCUUAUAUAUCAUAUCGUUUCUGCAUGCAUGUCCGCUUGAAAAUCACCUUGAUAUGACUAGCUGCAAUGCUUGUCUUCACCUAAAGGCUGGCAAAGCAUUAUGGGAAUUGUAGUUUUAAACUACCUAGAGUUUCUAUGUUGCUUUUAUCAUGUCUUCCGUACGAUAGAGAUUAAAAACUAGAGAUCCAAAACAGGUGACUUUUUUUAAACAAUGGAAAUGUGAUUUUUAUGGUGGUUUGUUUUUUUUGGUCCAAUUGAAGUACUUAAGGCUCUUCAGAUGUCUAACUACAUAUCCCAUGAUGCUUACUCAACUUUAAAACCUCUGCCUGCUAUGUUGACUGUCCAUCAUCUACAUCAGCAGUUUGUAGCCUUAUAAAUAAAAUAUUAAAGUGACUGUUCUAGAGGCUGUCUGAGCAUCACGUGACAUUUAGUUCCCAAAUCAAAAACUCUGAGUGGAAAGGUUAAGCAUCGCUACCAGGGUUAUUCAGUAAACAUGGAAUUGUCAGGAAUUCAAGUGGACUUUCAAUAUUUUGUCCAAAUUAUCCAAAAUGCAAACAGAGAAUUUUGCUAAUUUGGCCUAAAAUCUAAGUUAAUGUUUCUUGUAGCCUCCAUUCUAGUUUGAGUUUAAGCUGAAUUCUAAGCACAGAGUUGUAUUAUUAUUUUUAUUUUCUAAAUUCAGAACAUUAGUUUUUAAUGCCUAACACUAUCCUGAAAAAAUAAAUAUCCGGGCACUCAAGUGUGGAAGCCACAGGCAGGUUUUAAUGGAACAAAGAGCAGCAACGUUUCGACCUUCACAGAGGUCUUUUUCAAGCUUGAAAAAGACUUCUGUGAAAGACCUCUGUGAAGGUCGAAACGUUGCUGCUCUUUGUUCCAUUAAAACCUGCCUGUGGCUUCAACACUUGAGUGCCCGGAUAUUUCUUUUUUUGCCUUGAUGUGUUGGGAUUGCUGGUCCUGUUCCAGAGCACCGGUGGCUGCUGAGUGCGGUUCCUACAAUUAUCUUUGGAACACUAUCCUGAAGGCAGAUUGUCUGAGGUUUUUGUAUUGGGCAGACAUUUGCCAUUGUGAUGUUUACCUUUGCAUUUAUUAAUGCUUUGAGAACCAGUUACAACUUCCAAUGCUAUCCAUCUGACAUGUAAAAUUAUUUAAACAAUAAAACACCAUUCUGUUUUUGUAAAUGUUUAAAUUAUUCGUAUAAUACUUCCUGGAAGAAAUUGAAAAUUAAUAUAAAGGUUCUGAAAUCUAGACUACUGGAUGCAUGAAAGGUGUCGAAUUGUGUACAUGUGACAUCACUUUGAAUCAGGACUUCUCCUGCAGCCAAAUAUUCUUAUUUUGGUAUAAAAUCCACUUAUCUCUGAUGUAAAUUUAUUUUAUGAUUGUAAAUCGUUAUGCACUGUGAAUGCAUAAUGUACAGCAUUAAUAAUGGUUUCUGUAAAUUUUCUCAUACAUGGUUUUUAAACUAUUUCUAUAUGGAUACACUGAUUGUAAUAAUUUGAGCAGCUGUGUGUGUGUGCUGGUGUCUGUGAGUGCCUUUAUGUUAGGGUGAGUGUGUGUCUGUAUGUCUGUGAGUGCUGUGUACUACUGUUUGUAGUGGUGACAUUUUAUGGUUGAAAAUCUACCGAUUCCAUUAGAAGCGGUGAAUUAUCACCAAAGGCCACCGGUCCGGUGACACCGAUUCUCACUAUUCCAUCCUUAUGGAAUUGACUUGAAAAAUAAACUAUUGUCGCCCAAUUGCUUCAUUUUCUUACUCGUCACAAGUUAGUUUUAUUGGAGGCAGGAUUCCUUGUUAUGUGGCUGGGAUUAUGAUCUGAGCAGAAUGAAUCACUGGUCAGCAUUGCAGAGCCCCAGCCUGGCCUUAUUCAAACACGCCAAUCAAAAUACAAUGUGAACCAUUCCAAUUACCCAGUGGGAAUUCUACAUUUAGACACACAAGGCUGUUAAUUGUGGUAUUUACUCCUUUUUACUUUAAGAAGUGAGAGCCACUAGCUUUAUUUUAGCCUUGUCUGAUGGCAAGAGAAUAUAUCCCCUGUUGGUAGCACUAUCCCUUCGAUAACAUUGCAUUCGCUGUUAAGUGUGUUCCCUCUGGGUACUGUUUAAUAAGUACUGUUACGAGUGAUCCUUAUGAGUACUAUUUCAUAAAUAGCCCGGCACUUUUUUCUUUGUUUGGCAAACAGUGAAACGUACAUAAAGAACAGUUUUAUCAUUUUAAACUGCAGGGUAGUGGUGGGAUUUUUUUUUUAUUUUUUUUUUUUUUUAUAUUGUGCUAACUCAAAGUUAUGCGUUCCUGCCCAUUCAACCAUUGUCUUUCCAGCAAACCCUCUAAAAAAAAUAUUUAUAUACUUCCACUUUUAUGGGAUUAUUCACUAAACUAUUUUUUCACAAAUUUGAUCCAAAUGAAAAGACUGAUCUGGAAAAAAUGCUGCAACUCAACCAUAGUUUCAACUUGGAUAAUUUCCCCAGGGUUCUUCCAUUAGGAAUUAAUUAGCAAAACAUCAGAGUUUAGAGAAUAACUCUUUAUUUUACCCUUAGGCUUAUGACCUAAUGCCUGAGCAAUACUUUUGCCCCUCUUUUCUUCCCUGCCAAUGGGCUAGUAACAGCAGGACUUCACAGUACAACAAAAAGCCUAGGAUUUUUUUUUUUAUACAAAUGGUUUUUUUUUGUGUUUUUUUUUAUUUAUUUAUACGAUAGCUCACAUCUGGUGAAAUUAGAGUAAAAACACAUCCAAUGUACUGAGGCUGGAUCCAACACUAUUUUGUUAUGUUUUGUGUUUUCGAAAGUGUGUUUUAUAUUGUUGCUAAUAGCAGUUUCUCCUCAGACGCAUAUUAUCGGAUGGUUUCAUUAUUAGAAUGGCUUAGGUCCACUCCUGUUGGACUGCUUCCUAAAAAAAAUAAACUGAUGUAUAGAAUCAUGAGAACACACCUGGGGUUCUUCACUAAAUUAGGAAUUCUAGAGAAAUAGCAAGGAAAUUGUGAAUUUUUGGUUGUAACUUGCAGAAUUGGAGAAUAUUGUGGUCUAGGCAUUGAAGUUUCCUCCACAAUUCACUUGGUGAAUAACCCCAUAUUGAUUCAAUGAGGUGGGAAAUUUAUUCUUUGGGUGAUUUCUUUAUUUAUUUUAUCCUACUUUUUUGGCUCCACAGAUGGCUAUUCCGUUUAAUUGAAUAUUUGGCUUAAAUCGUGUGCAUUCUGUGCAAAAAAAUUAUAAUUGAGUUUUGUAAGUUUGUGAUGAAAGAUCAAAACUAUUCUCAAUUAAGUCAAGGUGUAUCCUUUUUCCUAUGUUGUUGUUUUUAUUUUAUUUUUAGGAAAAAUUGUUUCACUCUUACGCCUUGCAUUUAAUAUAAUGUUCCACAUUUUUUUAUCUGAUAAAAGAUGGAGUUUAACAUGAAAAUGAUGUCAUAUAAUUUUUUUUAUAAUUUUUACAUUCUUCCAGAUGUUUUUUUUUUUUUCCUUGUUUUUUGUACAAUGUUCAGUUAGAAUUAAAUACAUAUAUAUAUAUAAAUGUUUCUGAGAGAUGAUUUACUAGAUAUCUAUAUUUUCAGCUGGCUGAUAUUCAGAAAAAAAUAUUUUUUUAUUUUGUUUUUGUUUUUAACGGUUUCAAACUUGUUUGUAGAUUUG